AUGCCUCUUAUCGGCAGCGGCGUCCCUGCACGCACACCCCCAGAUGGUUAUGUGGUCGACUUCAACAACCCGCAACGAGAAGCGGUACCAGAAGCCUUCUGGGUAGCUGGCGUAGGAGCCUUCCUGAGUUUGUUGCUUAUGGCUCAACGAUUGUACACAAAAGCCUUUUUAGUAGGUCGGUUACAAUGGGACGAUGCAUUUCUAAUCGUAGCUUGGUUAGCAUCAAUCGCGACAAUCACACUGGGGAUACAUAUGUUUGCAAGAGGUGCUGCGGGAGUUCACAUAUGGGAGAUGCCGAUGGAGAGAUAUCACAUCUUCGUGGUCGACAUCUUCCUUGCUGCCACGAUUUACAUCAUUUGUGGAAGUUUCUCCAAAGUUUCACUCCUCAUUUUCUACUCGCGACUAUCUCCGCAAAAGUGGUUCAGAUGGUCAGUCUGGAUCACACUUGGCGUCAUCGCCAGUUACAGCUUCGGCAUUUUCUUCGCCCUUGUCUUUGCCUGUGAUCCAAUUGCUAUGAGCUGGGAUGUGACGAUCACCGAGGGGACUUGCAUCAAUCGACCGUCUUUGUAUAUCGCAACCGCUGUUGCUAACAUUGGGUCUGACAUCUUGCUUUUCGCACUGCCAGUUCCGAUUGUUGUGAAGUUACAAAUACCAUUCCGACAGAAGAUUGGCUUGUUUGUGAUUUUCGCGGUAGGAUCUCUGACGGUCAUUACAUCGAUUAUCCGAGUUUCGCUUCUACCAUCAAUGCUCAAUACAACAGAUGAAACCUGGACUAUAGCCUACGUUAUUUUAUGGGUCAUUAUCGAAGCCAAUUUAUUCAUUAUGUGCGCCGCUUUCCCGACACUUCGCAAAUUCUUUCGCCAUAUAGCACCCAAGGUGAUUGGCGAAAGCACAUAUGGAAAAGAAUCAAAAAGAGGCGGCACUGGCAGCGUACCCAUCAGUCGGCUUACCAUUGGUACAAACGCUACUCGCAACCGCAAUGAAUAUUCGCAAUUCGACCGAGACAACAGCGGCGAGACGUUCGUGAUGUCUAGAGUAGGGCCCAGCAAGCUCUCUGAGACCAGCGCGAGCUCCUGCGAGAACGAUGCCACAUGGAACGGUGACGACUCAUCGGAGAAAGCAAUCAUUCGCUCCAACACGAUCGUCCAGACGAAGACCGUCACGGUGGAGUACAGCUCCAAUGACUAA